CCCGUACUUCCCGGUCUGUGUUUAACUUUGCUCUGGGAUUGGUCGUCGGGAAAGCUGUUCUCGCCCAGAAAUCUUGCUCAAACUUCAAUUUCAUCCUUUACUGGGUUUUUAACCCCCGCUACGGAAUCAAUCGGCAUCCAGGUCCCGGGAACCGAAAUUUCUAUUCCGGAAGGAUUCCGACUCGAUAAACGGAAGUGAACCGCGGCUCGCCUCCGUCUCUUCCGAAAGAAAAGAAUUUCCGCCGCCGUUGGAGUCCAGCUUGGCUCCCCAUAGCCCCACGAACCUGGCCAUCCUCUUCACUGUGAGCAGUGGGAGGAAUUUGAUGGAACAGAAAAGUUCCAGGGAGUCUAAGUCAUCCAGAUUAAAGAGAAAUGAACAUCGUCAUUUUCCACUUUGAUGCAUAAGUUUUCCUGACGUGUUCUUGGAGUCACAGGAGAAUUUGGUCACAUAUUUUACCAUCAGACUAAAACGAUGGACAUUACUAGUUUGUCCUGUGAGAGUCUGUUCUCUGAUGACCAAAUCUGCAGUCAAGAAGAAGAGACAGAGGGAGAAAGCACGCUGGGAGAAGACUGUGAUAAGGAUGAGGCUGUGGAUUGCGCUCAGGAAGAGUGGACCCUAAAGGAUCCGACUCAGAGCAGCAGACCUGGUGAUGUGGCAGUGGAGGACCACACAAACUUGGCCACUGCAGAAUUGGAAAAGCAACUACAAACCAAAGAUUCAGCACCAGAGCAGGAUUUUCUGGCGAGACACACCUUCAUGGAGACACAGCAGGUGGAUGCAGUGACCUUUGAAGAUGUGGCUGUGGACUUUACCCAGGAAGAAUGGACUUCCCUGGAUCCAAUUCAGAGAACCCUCUACCGAGAGGUGAUGCUGGAGAACUACCAGAACCUGGCCACAGUAGGAGGUCAGCUAUUUAAACCCAGCCUGAUCUCUUGGUUGGAGCGGAAAGUAGAGUUGACAGUAAUGGAGCAAGGAAUUCUCCAAGAAUGGGAAAUGCACCUUAAGACAAAAAGGACAGCACUUCAGCAGGAUAGAUUUUGGUCAGAUAUGUCAAAUGGGAUGCAACUGGGAAGAGAACUCAGUGGAGGGGAGCUGGGUGACUCUAUUCAAGUUGGAACGGUUUUUAGUGAAGAUUCAUGCCCUCAGACUUACAUUAGUACUCCAAGUACAGAGGACACUUCAGCAUGUCAUUUACGUGGAAAAGAUUUUCUGCCACCCCUUAAAGAAACUUCUACUGAAGAGAACAUUCUUCAGUUGAACCAGUGUGUAAAACCUUUGACUUUGACACCAGAUGUAUCCCAGAGAAUGUGCACUCUGGAAAAAUCAGUUGAAUGCAGUGACUGUGGGAAAACUUUUGUUAAUGAGUUAGAACUUCAGGCACAUAGUUCUUCUCAUAGUGAAAACAAUCUCCACAAACCAGAGGAGUGUGGACAAGCUUUUACUCAUCCUGUAAGCCAUGAUGGGCAUGUAAUUCCCACUGAAAAAAAAUACUAUGAAUGUAAGAAAUGUGAAAAGUUUUUUACACAUCCUGUGUACCUUAAUAUCCAUGUGCAAAGCCACACUGUGGAGAAACCCUAUGACUGUAAGGAAUGUGGAAAAGCCUUCACCGAACGCUCAAGCUUAAUCGUCCAUCUCCGACAACACACGCGAGAGAAGUCUUAUGAGUGUAAGGAAUGCGGGAAAACCUUUAUUCAACCCUCACGCCUUACAGAGCAUAUGAGAAGUCAUACAGGAGAGAAGCCGUAUCAGUGUGACCAGUGUGGGAACGCCUUUGCGUCUUCCUCUUACCUUACUACACAUUUGAGGACUCAUACUGGAGAGAAGCCCUUUGAGUGUAACAUAUGUGGGAAAGCGUUCACACGCUCUUCUUACCUGCUAGGUCACAUACGAACUCACACAGGUGAAAAGCCCUAUGAAUGUAAAGUAUGUGGGAAAGCCUUCAGUGGCCGUUCUUGGCUUACGAUACACUUACGGAAACACACUGGCGAGAGACCCUAUCCGUGUACAGAAUGUGAGAAAGCCUUCACUAGCUUUGCUCAACUAACUGAACAUAUAAAAACUCACACUGGUGAGAAGCCUUUCCGGUGUAAGGUAUGUGCAAGGACCUUUAGAAAUUCCUCAUGCCUUAAGACUCACUUUCGAAUUCACACUGGAAUAAAACCAUACAAAUGUAAUUACUGUGGGAAAGACUUCACUGCACGUUCAGGCCUUACUAAGCAUGUACUGAUUCACAAUGGGGAGAAGCCCUAUGAGUGUAAGGAAUGUGGGAAAGCCUUCAGUACAUCUUCUGGCCUUGUUGAACAUAUAAGAAUCCAUACAGGAGAGAAGCCCUUUGAAUGUUAUCAGUGUGGGAAAGCCUUGGCUCAUUCCUCAUCUCUUGUUGGGCAUUUACGAACUCAUACUGGAGAGAAACCCUUUGAGUGUAAUCAGUGUGACAAAACAUUUACACGAUCUUCUUAUCUUCGCAUUCAUAUGCGAACUCACACCGGAGAGAAACCAUAUGAAUGUAAAGAGUGUGGGAAAACUUUCCCUGAGCGCUCAUGCCUUACUAAACACAUACGAACACAUACUGGAGAAAGGCCCUAUGAAUGUAAGGAAUGUGGGAAAGGCUUCAUUAGCUUUGCUCAACUGACAGUACACAUAAAAACCCACAGUUCCGAGAGACCUUUUCAGUGUAAGGUAUGCACAAAAUCCUUUAGAAACUCUUCAUCCCUUGAGACCCACUUCCGAAUUCACACUGGAGUAAAACCCUAUAAAUGCAGUUACUGUGGGAAAGACUUCACUGCUCGUUCAGGCCUUACUAUACAUUUACGAAAUCACACUGGGGAGAAGUCCUAUGCAUGCCAAGAAUGUGGAAAAGCCUUUAGCACUUCCUCAGGCCUUAUUGCACAUAUAAGAAGUCACAAAGGAGAGAAACCCUUUGAAUGUGACCACUGUGGGAAAGCCUUUGCUUCUUCCUCUUAUCUUAACGUGCAUUUGAAAAUUCACACUGGAGAAAAACCCUUUCAGUGUACAGUAUGUGGGAAAACAUUUACAUGUUCUUCUUACCUUCCUGUUCACAUGCGAACUCACACUGGAGAGAAGCCUUUUCAGUGUAUAAUAUGUGGAAAGUCAUUUUUGUGGUCCUCCUACCUUCGAGUUCACAUGCGAAUUCACACUGGAGAGAAACCCUAUGUAUGCCAGUACUGUGGAAAAGCCUUUACAGAGCACUCAGGCCUUAAUAAACAUUUACGGAAACACACAGGAGAGAAACCAUAUGAAUACAAGGACAGUGGGGAAGCCUUCACUACUUCCACUGAUGCUAAUGAACAUGAAACUCCCCAUUGGGGGGAGAACCUUUGAAUGUAAGGGAUUCAGAAAAUUGAGAGCCCUUAAUCUAUCAUUUGCAAUCCAAAUUCAUAGUCUGUACAAGUCUUAUUAAUAAGCAAUGUAUAAAAACAUUCAUUUGCUAUGUGCUGUAAAAGCAACUCAUUCUGAGGACGCUCUGAGUUUAAGGAUUGUGGGAGAAAUCAAACUUUCAUGGUCUAUGUAUGAACUGAAGGUUUGUAAUAUAGGGAACGAGAACCUUUAGUGUUUCCAUGUGUGUAGACACAAGACCUAUAGAAACGUCAUAGAUGUUGUUCUUUGUUCACUUACGGUCUCACGGUGGAGCAGCGUCUUACUGAAGCUUGGGAAGUAACUUUUUACAUUUGACUUUAUGUGGUGUUUACAGCCUGAACACAAGCUACUUGUGUGUAGUAGGGAAUUUGCUUCAGUGACUUGGAUGGCAACAUUUGGAUUUCCUGGGUGCUUCUAUAUGAACUUUGAAUAUUUCUACAUUUGUUUAUUAUUAUGACUUCAAUUAUGAAUUUCUAAAUUCCAUUGUUGGUUUUCCUUUUUAAAAUAUUUCUGUUUGAUAUGAAUGAAACUAUUGUUUUUUUACCUAGUAUCUGUCCUAUGUCCCAUGUCAGCAUUGGGAAGUAAUGGACACAAACUCCCAUCUCCUCAUUACUUGUUACUUAUUUGUUGUGUCUUGCACCCGUUGUACAUUGUCCAUACCUCCCCUCUCUUUGUUGUUGUUUCUUCUUCUUUUUUUUUUUUUUUUUGAGACAGUCUGACUUUGUGGCCUAGCCUACUAUGAAAAUCAUGUAGCCUAGACAGAUCCCUAGCUCAUGGCAGUCCUGGCAGCCUUCUCAGUGCAUAGAUUACAGGUGCGAGCCACCAUACCUGGCUCUUUCUACUGUCUUAAAAAACCAUCAUGUUUUACAAUAGUGUUCAAGUACUAAACACAGGUACGUUUGGAUCUGACCAACACAAAUCCCUCACUCUGAGUUCCAAAUCUUUGGUAGCCAUUAUUCCACUCUGAUUGGAGCUCAGCUUUUCUUUAGGUUCUGCUUCUUCGAUCAUGUAGUGUCUGUAGUAACUCUACUUAGCUUCUUUAUUUUUGUGACAGGGUCUUGCUGUAGCUUAAACUGACCUCAAACUCGCAACCUUUUUGCCUCAGACUUUACUGCUGGAGUUAUAGGCAUAUGCUGCCAUGCCUACCUGGUGUAUAUCAAUUUACAUGAUGUUCUUAAGGUGGAACUGUGGUAUGGUCAGUUAUUUUAAGACAUUUAAUUAUUCUUUGGUCUCUAUGGAUACCUAGUUUCCAUCCCUUGCUUGUUAGGAGUAUUGCUGCAUUGACUGACUAUAGCUGUCUUUUUAAAUUUGAGUUCAUUCAGAUACAAUCCCUAAAGUGAGUUUGUUAUUGUAAUGAUAAAUAUAAGUCAGUGCGUAUGUAACAACGGCCCACUUAUAUUACCAAUGACGUACCUAGUCUUUGUAUUGCUUAUCUUCUUUUUCUUUCUAUAUGCCGUUUAAAAAUGUGAGAUGAUGGUAUCUUCAGAUUUGAUUUGCAGUUUUCUAAUCUAUAAACAAUUUGUAUAUCUUUGCUAAAAAUAUUGAUUUCAGUUAUUUAUCAAUUUUAAAAUCAAGAUAAGUGUAUUUUGCUGUGAAGUUAACUGAGUUACUAUGUUUUAGACAUAGACCCAUUGUAAUAUAUAUGGUUUACAGAUUUUCUUUUGUCUGUGUAUAUGCUUUUCCAGAUUUGUUUUUUGUAUUGUUUUGCAAAAUCUUUAGUUUGACAUGGCCCUAAUUCUUUAUUUUUGCUUUUAAUGCCCAUGGCUUUUUUUGUCAGCUCUAAAAUUCGUUGCUGGAGUAUCUCGAAGCAUUCUUAGAGUUUUAUUGUGCUACAAUUUUAGAUUUUACUUUCAGGGGUUUGUUUGUUUGAGGUAAUCUCACUAAUGUAAUCCAAGAUAGCAUAGAACUCACCUUGUAGACCAGGCUGGCCUUAAACUUGGAGCAGUAUUUCUUUCCCAGACCGCUUGAGUGCUGAGAUUUUGGAUUUGAGCCAGCCUAUCCAACUUAACUAUAUUUCUUUUAUGAUUAUUUAAUUACAUUUUCUUUUCUUUUAAAGCCAUAAGAGUGUGUGUGUGUGUGUGUGUGUGUGUGUGUGUGUGUGUGUACUUUCUGUUUCUGUAUACUGUUAUUGUUUCUGUUUUGGUGCUAGGAAUUAAAUUUGUGGCCUCAAGAAUGCUAGGUAUGUGCUCUACCAUCAAGCUAUAGUUCUAAAUUCAUGUGGACCAUAAAAAAGGGUUCUUUUGUUUUUUGUUUGUGUUUGGGGUAAUCUCUCUGUAGAUCUGGCUGGCCUAGAACCUGCUAUGUAAACCAGGUUAGCCUGAAACUCACAAGAGAUCUACCUGUCUGCCUCCCAGAGUGCUGGAAUUAAAAUUAUGCGCCCCUAUGCCUAGCAAUGACUGUGCUUAUUUGUAAACAAUUUGUUUAUAUUGUUUGUAUCAACAUUUUACUGAUUGAUUUCUGCCUACACAGUGGGUUUUAUAUUUGCUGUUCUUUCUUAAGACAAGGUUUCAUGGAGCUUAGCCUGGCUUUGAAAUUAACUAAAUGGUCAAGAACAACCUUGGACUUGUGAUCUUCUUGCCUCCAUCUCCCCAGUAGGAUUCUUGGCAUGCACCACCACAUUUGCAGUGCUUGAGUAUCGAGCUUCACACUAAGUGAACUUCUCCAGCCCUGUAAUACAUUGUUAAGCCUAAAGUUUUGUUUUUACUGGGUUUAACUGAAAGGUUUUGGUUUUUUAUGACUUUGUCUUUUUUUUUUUUUUUUUUUAUAAACCUGUGAAAAAAAUGCCAUUAGAAUCGAUAAUGUAGUGUUAAUCUACAAAGCACUUUGGGUAGGAUGGACGUUGUAACAAUGGUAAUUCUCCAAGGUGUGUGGCUUACCAUGCAAUUUGUUUAUAGUUUAUAGUUCUUGGUAGUUUAUACUUUUUCCUGUUUAAUUUUGUUCUCUAUCAUUUUAUGUAGCUUUACAUGUUACAUAGUAUUUUGCUUUUUAAAUUUGUAGUAUGUAAAGACACUAUUGACUUGAAAAAUUUUACACUUUAUGAAUUUCUUAUAGUUUUUUUUUCAUGGAUCCCCUGUUAACUGAAACCAUUUUACUUUUCUUACUUGUGUGACUUUUUUUCUUAUCCCAAUUGCUCCAUCUAGGCUUUUCCCAGCAUUUCCUGACAAAAAGAAGGAAAGGUAGGUACACCUGUCCUUGACAAGUUGGAGCUUUGUAACCGAAUGAAAACUUAACUUGUUUUUCAUGUACUGCCAUUAUUGAUGAAGUACAUUUCUAUCUAAUUUAUUGACUUAAGCAUCAGUUGAUAUCCUAUGUUACACGAUCCUGUACAUUUCCUGCAGUGUACAAAUCGUACAUGGACUUUUCUUUGAUUUUGUUCAUUCAGUAUAUCACAUUUAUUUGUAUAAACCAUUUUUGCAUCCCAUUUAUAAAAUCAAUCUUGAUCAUAGUUUGUACGGUCUUUUUAAAAAUUAUGUUAUAAAAUUACCAGGAGAUUGAAAUUGUCUUAAUAAAUAAUAAUUUUUAUUAUUUAUCAUUGAGACAGGGUCUUGCUGUAUAGUCCAGGCUUGGCUUUGAACUCACUGUGUAGCCCAAACUGACCUCAAACUAAUGAUCCUCCAGCAUUAACCUCUCGUGUGUUGUGGCUUCAGUAAUGGUCCACUAUGCUUGACUGUUUCGAAGGACCUCUCUGUGCUCUCAAUAAGUGACUCAUUUCAUUUUUUUAGGGCAUAAAUAGAUCAAAAAGAGGUAAGAUGUUUACUUCAUUGCAAUGGUGUCAUGGUUGUAAAGAGAUCCCAGAAAUAGAAUACUCAAGUGUGGAAAGCAAAUAUUAGUUUAUAUGUAGAGAGAAAUAGCAUUAUGAUGUAGUAUAAGACUGUUCAGCACUCUUUUUGACAAUGAAUUGACAUUAACAUUGAGUCUUAAAAUAACUAAGGAAAUUGUAGUUGAACUAGACUUGAGACCAAAUGGAUCUAAUAAUUCUAUAUAUAACAUUCUUCACAAAAGCCAGAGAGUAUAUUUCACAUGGUAUAGUAUAAAAAAAAUCUUGCAGUAGACUCAUCAAACUUUAUUUUAAAAAUAAUUCUUAGACAAGAUUGAGUGUAUUUAGCUUUUGAGAGAGUCUCAUUGUGCAUCUACAUACCUCUAGCUUCCAAUUGUGCCUCAAAAAUAAAAAGCUACAUUGUGUCAAUAUAGUUAGAAUUGGCACUGAUUUUAACUGCAUUGUGUUAAUACAGUUAGAAUUGGCACUGAUUUUAACUACAUUGUGUUAAUACAGUUAGAAUUGGUACUGAUUCUGUCUGCUGAAUCUAGAUCCAGACUAAAUAUAUCUCUCAUCUGACACAGUUAUUUUUGUAUAGUACAGUUGUUUUUUUAUUUGGGCUUGGGAUAUACAACAUGACAUGUUGGGGUCAACAACUCAGGAAUUGACUUUCUCCUUCCAUCCAGUGGGUCCUGGGAAUUGAUUAGGUGGUUGGGUUUGGAAGUAAGCAACUCUCCCUGCUGAGCCAACUUGCCUGGUCUACAUAGUUAUAUUUUAUAUUUGAUAUGAAAACAUGUAAUGUCUUAGCAAAUUGCAAAAUACAUAGUUGUAUAGGCUCUGGAAAAGAAUGUUUAUAUUUAUCGCAGAAAAUGCUGAUUGAUGUGGCAGGGACUUCUCUUGGAGUGUAACCAGGAAAGCUUUAGGCUUUAUAGAGUCUUCAUUUGCCAGGAGCUUAAAUGGGCCACUUAACCAACACUUAAUGUCUUAGUUUUCGGUGGACAGUGUAAUGACACAGUGUAAUUGUCAUUCACUGUUGUCACGAUGAUGAUGUAACAUUAGGUCUACUCUUAAGUGGUUACCUAAACCUUAAUCACUGGCAGUCUCUGUUGUGGUUUACUUCAUGACUGACCUCCCGCCCGCCCACCCGUCCGUCCGUCCGUCUGUCCGUCCAUCUGUCUCAGAUUCCAAGUGUAAUACAUUUAAUGUGCAGAGGUUUUGCUUGUUUUUUGUGUGUUUGAGUUGCCAAAAUGUAUGUUGGUGAACCAGGUACAUGUCUAUGUCCUCCAUGUGUUUGCUAGAAAUUUAUCUCAGGUCUUCUGGAAGAUCAGCCAGUGUAGCAUAAUUGAAGCCAGGUUGAAUUUUGUUGGAAAGCUGUGUUUUGAAAGUCAAAUGUCCCUUUUAAGCCUAUGUGUUUGGAUAUGUGCUCUCCCCCAGCUGGUGGCACUGUUUUUCAAGACCGUGGGUAGGGGUUAGUCUUUGAAGGUUAUACCUGCCAACAAUUUUGGUCCACCUCUAUUCUGAUCUGCCAAGGUAUGAACAGUCUCCACUAGAGGCUCCUGCUGCUGCAGAACCACUCCAGCCACCAUGCCUUUCCUGCCAUGAGAGAUUUUACCUUCUCAUUCCAUGAACUCAAACUUUUCUUUUUAAAAAUACUGCUUCUGUCAGGCAUUUUUGACAAAUAAUACAGAACACACAUAACUUUAAAUUUAAUGUGUAUGUGUGUGUGCAUACACACAUCAUAUAUGUAUAAGUGUAUACAUGUACCUGAGGCAGUCAGAUAGAUGAGUGUGUUAGAUCCCCUGGAAGCUGGAAUUACAGGGUAAUGUGAGCUAAUUAACUACUUGGGCACUUGCAAUUAAAGAGUCCUUUGCAAGAACAGGAAGUACCUGCUAAACCAUCUCUUCAGCUUCUCUCUCUCUCUCUCUCUCUCUCUCUCUCUCUCUCUGGCUACUUGCAUGUUUCAAGAGAGUGUCUUAAGUUUUUGUCAUGUUUAUCUUCCCUCCCUCCCUCCCUCCCUCCCUCCCUCCCUCCCUCCCUUCCUUCCUUCCUUCCUUCCUUCCUUCCUUCCUUCCUUCCUUCCUCCCCACCCCCUUCUCUUUCCGUGUGUAUGAGAGGGAGAGAGAGAGACAGCUAGAGGGAGGGAGGAAGGGGGCUGUCUUACGUAUUUCAGACUGUCUUCAAAUUUGGUGUGUGGUCAAGGAUGAACAUGAACUCAGACCUGCCUCUACUCCCAGCGUACUGUAGCCAUAGGGAGUGUUUGGUGUUGAGGAUGGAACCUGGACCUUAUACACACUAGGCAAGAACUCUUUACAGCUACAUUAACCUUUUCAGAUGAGUAUAUAAUAUACUUCACUUAUUAUAAACACCUUUACCUCAUAUUGUCUUCUUCUGAUCUCCUGCACCUAAGGCCCCCAUCUUCUGUACUUUCAAGUCUUUAAAAUUUUUUUCUGUACAUGAGAGAAAAUAGUUAUUUGGCUCUGGAUCUGGCUUAUUUUGCUUAGUAAGCCUUUUGGUUCCAUCACGUUCCCUACAAAUUGCCUACUUUUUUUCUUUGAAUAAAACUCCAUUCUGUAUGCCAUAUUUUUUUUUCAUUUUGUUAUCAUAUGUGUUUGUUCCCCAUGUGUAUGGUUAUUGGAUCUCCAGAACUGUAGUUAUUGGUUGCAAACCAUCCAGCAAUGGUGCUGGGAACCAAAUGCUGAUUUUCUGAAAGAGCAAUUUUGGCUGCUGAGUCAUCUCAACCCUUGUUUGUUUGCUUGUUUCUUUAACACAGCCUUUCUGUGUAGCCCUGGCUGUCCUGGAACUCACUCUGUAGACCAGGCUAGCCUUGAACUCACAUUAGCCUGCUUCUGUCUCCUGAGUGAUAGGGUUAAAUGUGGUCACACCAACUAUGCUACUUGAGCACUGUUACUGUUAACAUGGGUUUGCAGACAACACAUGUGUGCCUGCUUGAAUUUAUGUGCACCCCAUAAAUGCAGGUCUCUGAAGAGGCUUAGAAGAAAGCAUAAGAGAUACUCCGGAGAUGAUAUUACAGAUAAUAGUGAGGUGCCUGAUGUGGAUGCUGGGAAUGGAACCCAGGUCCUCUGCAAGAGCAGUGAGUGAUAAUAACUGUUGCACCAUCUCUCCAGUCUCCACUGGCUAAUAUUUAAUAUACACUGAUACGGUGAAGGCCGUAGCCUGAGGAGAAAUACCCUCUCCUCAGCUUUGUCCAAGGACAGUUCCUUAAGUUCCAGAAAAACACAAGUGGAUUGGCCACCUUCAUAUAGAUGGUCUGCUUAAUGUAACAGCUAAGAGUUCUGGGGCAUAGCUGGACAGGAAAGAUGUCACAGCCUGCCUACUAUCUACUGUGAGGGAACCCUGGCUGCCAAUGUUGUAUAUUGAUGAGAUUAAUAUUUGUAACAGCUAAGAACUCAGAAACAACAACAAAAACCUCUAAAGAGCGUAGUGAUUGCUGGGAGAAGAGUCAUUCUCCCCAGUGGUGUAUUUACCUGUAAUUUGUCCAUGCUUCAGUAAUUAGCUCCCACCUAUGCUCAUGAACAGUUCCAAUGGUUUUGGGGCAUUCACAUACACAAACAUAUAGAAGGGACUUGUUGGAAUGGAGUUCAGUGACACUGAGAGAUGAAAGCAAUGUGAAAGUGGCCAAAAUACGUUAUACAUGUAGAAGAAUGUCAAAGGGUGGGGCUAGGGAGAUUGCUCAGUGGUUAAGAAUUGUUGAUCUUGCAGAGGAUCUGGACCCAGUUCCUAGCACAUACCUGGUAGUUCACAAUCAGUGCCCCCAACUCCUUUUAACUUCCACAGGCAACAGGUAUUUAUUUGGUGCACAUAACAUCAUACAUGCACACACACACACACACACACACACACACACACACACACACACACACACACACACACAAAGAACAGGCAUGUGGUUUGAAUGAGAAUAACACUAAUAGGCUCCUAUUUUGAAUGAUUGGUUCCUACUUGAUAGUUUGUUUUGGGGAAGGAUUGAGAGGCCUUGUUGGAGGAGGUGUGUCACUGUGAGCUUUCAAAAGCCCAUGCCAGGCUCACUCUUUGCUUCCAACUUGUGAUAAAGUUGUAAACUGAGCUGCUCUAGUACUAUGCCAUGCCUGCCUGCUGCCAUGCUCCCAAUCAUGGUCAUGGAUACAUCUGAAACUGUAAGCAAGCCCUCAAUGAAAUUCUUUUUAAGUUGUCUUGGUCAUGGUAUCUCUUCACAGCAAAAAAACAGUAAGACAAAAAUUAUUUGUGGUCACUCUUAUGCAGAUCUACAAUGAAAAAGCAAGUGGAACAAAAAGGGAAGUACAAAAUGUGAAGGAAAAGAACACCAGGAAAUUUAAUGUUGGAGUCAAAUCUUACACUUAAAGAGAUGAAAAGUUUAAAGAAAGGCCUGAUAUGAAAUGGAAUAAAGGGAGUCAUUCUCUUGGGGCAAGACUCCACCCAGUCAAAUGUCCAACUUGUAAUAGAAAAUGCUUAAGAAAUUUUCUAAAGCAAAAGAAAAUUUAUUCAACAAAGGAAAGCAUCAACAAAUCAAAGCUUAUGGAAGUGUAAUUCAAGGAGUGGGCCAAGUUCUCCAACCCAAUCAGAGUCAGCCAAGUGGUUCUGGAUUUAGAGUCAUGAAGGAUGCAGGAGUAAAGUGGUUGAAUCUUCCUGUCUGGUAAGGAAAGCUGGGAAAGUCAGGGGUUUGGCACAGGAGUCUUUAUAUGGAGGCCCAAAGAGGCCAUUGUGUGAAGCUGAGUAAGUGAAGCUGGAUUUUGUUGGAGAUACCAGAGUCAUAGGAUAACUGUUGAGAGCAACACAGAAUGGAACCAGCUCAAAAAGGUGUGUUGAUGUCACCAAAGCUCCAAGGAUUGGGAGAUGCAAAGAAACACCCAUCAAAGCUGGGUCUGCCAGGUUUCUGUCUUGCUUGUUAAUUUUUCCCCACUAUGCCACUUUCCUUCUCUUUUGGAAUGGUAAUGUAUAUUCUGUGCCAUUGUAUAGUAGGAAAAAAUUCCUUUUUGAUUUUACAGGAGAUAGCCUUGAGGUUGGAUUAGUGCAUUUUUGCAUUAUGAGAAGGUUACAGGCUUUUGGGGGCUGGGGUGUGGAAUGUGGUGGUUUGAAUAAAAAUGACUUCUGUAGGCCCAUACAUUUGAAUACUUUUAGUUGGUGGAGCUGCUUAGGGAAGGAUUAGAAGGUAUUGCCUUGUUGAAGUAGUCUCACUUAAAGGUGAGUUUUGAGGUUUCAAAAUCCCAUGCCAUACCUAGCCUUUAUGCCUCAUGGUUGUUAAUAUGUAAACCUUCAGCUGCUGGUCCAGUGCCAUACCUUCUACCACACUCCCUGCCAUGUUGCUUUUAUAUUCAACCUCUGAAACUGUAAGCAAAGCCCAGAAUUAAAUGCGUUCUUUUUAAA